AUGACAAACUUGAAAACGGUUCUCAUAAUUUUAACUUUGAUCACCGCAAUUUCAGUCAAAUUCACGAGCGGUUGGCGACCUAAAAGUCGUCUGCCUGUACAAUCUCGCAUAUAUCACGGUCGUUCGGCAGCGAAAGGACAGUUUCCCUAUCAGGUGUUGUUGCAUAUCGAAGAUGAAACGCACGAGCAUAUUUACGCCUGUGGAGGAUCAAUAAUAUCGCGAGAUCACAUUUUGACUGCAGCGCAUUGUAUCGUCCAUGCGAAAACGCCUGGCGACAUAACCGUGUACGCCGGUUCGAUAUAUUACAUUACCGGUGCCGUUGAAAGACGCGUUUCACGGAUGACAAUGCAUCCUGCGUAUGGUGGAUAUAAUAAUGACAUAGCUGUAUUGAAACUGAAUACUUCGUUAGAGCUUAGCGAUGUCAUCGAUGCCAUACCAUUAGCUAAGAAAGAUAUACCCCACGGUGCACCAGUUAUCGUGAGUGGCUGGGGCAACGUGAACCCUUUUAGGGCUGCAUAUAUCCUACAAUAUGACACGGAAUAUUCGAUAAGUCGUGCACAAUGCCUGAGGCGUUUGGGUAAAUUAGGAAGCACGAUGCGGUGCAUGAGACGGCCGCUUGGACAUGGCACUUGUAGUGGUGAUUCUGGUGGUCCGGCGGUUCAUAACGGUGAACUUAUAGGUGUGAAUUCAUAUAUCAUAAAUGAUUGUGGGCUUGGAUUUCCCGACGUGUUCACUGAUGUGGUUGCAACAAGAGAAUGGAUACUAAAAAGUAUGAAGUAUUAGUGCAAAUCGUAUUUUUGGAAAAAAGUGAAUAAAUGGUGGUUUAAGGUUUUCACAAAAAAACAAAUGUACAUGUAUGCGUCAUGCAUAUUAGUGAUGCAAUAUUAAUUUCAUUUCAUUCUCUUAAGCGAAGUGGUCCAGAAUGAACCGCAGAAUAUUUCCCGACUCCUGGAUUUUUUGGCUCCCUGUAAAUCAAUUGAAAAAAUCUCUAAAAGCCAACCCUAAUGCCGACAUACACAAAUAUUCAUAUAAAUAUAGGAUAUAACAGGGAAUGAACGCAUGUAGGUGUGUAGGG